UCCAAAUAAGCACUUCAUAUGACCACAAGAUCUUGUUGAAUAGAUGAACUCAGCCAAGUUUGAGCCCCAACCUAUGUUUAGGGAACUCAGGAGACAUGUUCAAUGUUAUGUAGUAAACACUACAUAAAAUUUGAAUUUUCGGCCUGCUCUUGGUCAGCUAGAUAAGCUUUUGACAACAUAACUUUGAAACGAUCGACUUUGCAUGUAAAUGAUACAAAAUUGACCUACGUUAAUUGAAGAGAUCUAUGUUUCUUAUUUUAUUACUUUAAUUCAAAAAGUGGCUCAGAGUGGCUAUGACCAAGAGCAGGCCGAUUUGCCGGGAAGCUCGUUCGCAGUCCAUAUUUCUAGAAGUCCGUGGCCUGGCCCAUGCCCCUGUUAACGAUUAGAUAAGCGUCUCACGAUAUGCAUCAGAACAAUAAAAAACUUUAUUGCAACGAACAUCACACUCAACGACUUCGUUCAGUCGAACUUCGAUUUCACGAAUCUCGAUUUAAAUCGAAGUUCGACUGCAUUGCCAAGUUGUUCUUGAUAAGCUGACGAUACAAAAAAUAGACCCUAGCCGCAAUUGAAAUCAAUCUCAAACAUUCGAACACUUGUCGAUCGUUUAACGACGCCCUUACUCUCCAACUUCCACUGACUAAAAGCUGCUCGAUUGCAUUUUUAGUCGAAUCUGAAAAUCAAUCAUGUCCCAGGCCGUUCAAUUUGACUUACCAGUGAAACAAAGUGUGCAAGUUUUGUCUGCCGAUCAGUUUCAAGUUACGCCAAACAUUCAUCUAAUCACGGAACAAAUGCAAAAGCCGACGCAGAACCACAUGCGUCUUUCCCCUCCGGAUUGCCCUGAAUCCGAGUCAGUGCCAUGUUUCUGCUUUGAUAUUCGUCGAUUUUCGGAUACCGUUCAAUUUACCGUUUUGACGACACUGGUUAUGUUAUUCUUCUUGGUCUAUGGCUACAUGCAAGAAUGGAUCUUCGGUAUUCGCGACAUGAAAAGUCAUGGAUGGUUUGUCACUUUGGUACAAUUCACUUUUUAUUCAAUCAUGUCAUUUUUCGAGAUGAAUUGGAGAGACAGCUCGAGGAUGAUGCCAUUGAAGAUAUACGCCAUGUUGGCGCUCUGUCAGCUCACAACCAUGGGCUUCUCCAAUGCUAGUCUCGGUUACUUGAAUUAUCCAACUCAAGUGGUGUUCAAGGUGGCCGGAUAUAACUUCUAGAAAUUAAUUCGGGGUUGAAGGGCCAAGUCAGUCAGGAACGGAAAUUUCAUACUAAAAAAGUAAUGAAAGAAAUAUGAAGAAAAUACACAUGGGAGCGAAGCGAGAUGCACUCCUAUCUCUUUAAUAGUGACAAAUGAGUAUAAUUUGUUGCUGGAGAACCUCGUCCGAUGACUAAACUUAAACUACGCACGAGUGAAACUUUGAUUGAAAUGUUUGAUCGGUUGAUAUAUUUAUGCUAAAAAACAAAUUGCAGUUAUUUCAGGCCCACCGGUACAAGGUGAAAAGAAACCAAGAGCUUCUCUUGGUACACUCAGAAAUUACUCUCCUCACUCAAAGCCUGGCGUACUCAAACUGAAUUCAAUGUUUUCAUUGCGAUGAACUGUUGAACGCAUUAGGGCCAUACGCAUUAUUCAUACUUUUAUUCAAUUUUACCUCAAAAAGUUGGCAUUCCUUCAAUGUUUAGGCCGCCUGAAAACAACUUGAAGUUUUUUAAGAUUUCCGACCUCGGCCAGGUUUAUUUUCAAGGGAUUCAUCGUUGCAUUAAGUUCCCAACAUUUGAAUGGCUCGAGUAUGGACAUCGAAAGCCUUAAUUACAGUAUAUCUCUCGUCCUCUUCCCGGCCUCAAGCAUGCAUGCCUUUGGCUCUGACCUCAAGAUUGCGCUCGCUCGACAUUUUCGGAUCCGAAAUCUGCUCUUGUGAUAUCUUCAGGCCGCCAAGUUAUUACAGGGUUAACAAUCUCCUGAUGGCUAAAAUUGCGUGAGGAGAAUGUAUUUACAAGGCACCAAAAGGGGUUAUACCCUGAAGAUGCUGAGUAAAACGGCAAAAUCCUACUCGAUUGAUAUGCUUCUGAUUAAUUGAUCAUCCGAAAUCUAUGCCAUCUAGGCUCAAAUUUCUUUUGAGAAAAAGAAUGUGCAGUAUAUCGAAUCACCCGAAUCUUUCCGGAGAGUAACCUUUUCAACAAUUUUCAGAUGUUGCAAGCUGAUUCCCGUUCUUAUUGGUGGGAUUGCCAUCCAAGGAAAACGGUAUGGACUAAUGGACUUUUCAGCGGCAUUCAUUAUGUCCUUGGGGUUGAUUUUCUUCAUCUUGGCUGAUAGUCAAGUGUCAACCAAAUU